CUGUCCCGGACUCCUAGCGCAUGGUUCUCGAGUUAAGCUGCUGGCUACUCGCCCACGAGCGCGUCAUUCAUCUAUAUGGCGUCACGAACAAGUACGCGGCCCCGGGCCUGGUCUUCGACUGGGCCGAGAAUGGGAACGGCAUGGACUAUAUCAGAGAGCUGCUCGAGCACCCUCGGAAGGUCCAAGUCCCGAUCAUCCGCAACGUUGCCGACGGCCUCAAGUUUAUCCACGACGAAGGGGUCGUCCACGGCGACCUCAAGGCGGCAAACGUUCUCAUUCAUGCGGACAACCGUGCGGUGCUCGCUGACUUUGGGCUCUCACGCUUCGCGCGAGGUCAUCCGAGUGACUAUGAUCCUGCGCGCCUAGGCAGCCUGCGAUGGUGCGCGCCGGAGCUGCAGAACGAGGGCCAGGCGCGCGCGACGUUCGAGAGCGACAUGUUCGCGUUCGGGAUGCUCUGCCUCGAGGUGUGCCUGCUGCCUGCACCACUUCUCCACGCUGCACGAGACUGA